ACAUCAGAAGAGGCGCCUGAAGUAGCCCUGGGCCAUUUUCCUGUUCAAAUAUGCUCUGCCUUGCACCCGCGCAUAUCGCACGUCAAAUGUAUCUGAAUCCUUAGUCUAUUCUUAGUUUCCUUCUUUCCUCUCUCCUCUCCCCUCCGUAAUUUUUCCAUCUUCAAUCUCUCUCCUCUAUUCUUGUUUCCCUUCAUCCCCGUUGCCAGCAUUUUGUCAUCCCUUCCUCCCCACAUUACCCAGCCAUCCCCUUUCCAGUAGCAAUUUAAAUAAUAAUUAUGACCCCCGCAUUGCAGGUAUCUCUGAUUCGCAACCAAUUCGCUGUCGAGUGCGGCGGCGUUCUCAUCGACCCAUCCACCAAUGAAGUCUGCCUGCUAUUCUACCCAGACACCUCCGAAUGGCGCCUGCCCAUCGGCAAGCCCGACGCAAUGUCGGCCGACCGCAGUCCCUCCCUGGACUACCAUCCGGCCGAGCACAGCGUGGCCGGCUGCGAGCCCUACGCCCACGCGGCCCAGCGCCAGCUGACCGCCAUAACCGGAUACAAAUGCAGCCACCUGCAUCCAGCCGUCCUGGCCCACGCGCCCGCCAACCCCUGCGCCUACAUGGGCAGCCAUAUGGUCGAGCCCCUGGCUCUAAGCAUCGAGCAGCGCACAGCGGCAUGCCCGGCAAUCGAAGCAGACGACGAAAUGCCCCUGGUGGAGCGCAGCCGCUCCACCGGCCCGCGCAAUAACCAGAUGAAAACGAGCUUCCGGCACGCCAGUUCCAUGAGCGCCCUGCGCCACCAGUCCCUGGACACCGACGAUUUUCGGCGCCCGGCCGCCCACGAGCAGUACGUGAUGACGUAUUAUUACCUGGCGUGGCUGACACAGAGCCGACUCGAAAGCGACAUUGCAAAAAACCUGGAUGACCGCCGCGACAGCCAUUCCAACCUACGCCAGCUGGCCAGGCUGCCUGUGGCCGAGGUGACCUGGUUCAAGAUGGACACAGCCGCGCAAGUCCUCACCCAUGCAUCGGAUAAGACCGCCUUGCGCGAGGCCAUUGCGCGCCUGGCCAGCUGCGCUCCGCCACAGCCGCCCUUUGCUUACUCUGCCUUGAAGUCCAGCCUCAAGGGUGCCGGUACCGCCAGCAAGGCUGAUAUGACCGUGUCAUCCAGCUCGUCGUCGGUGUCGGAGGAGACUGCCAAGGGGGAAAUCUCUGGAGGGCCGCUGAGCCGCGUUUUGACGCCGACCCGCAACAUGGAUCUGGUCCGCAAAGCGGCCAAUACUUUGGGCAAGCGCGGCGGUCUGCUGAAGCCAAAGCAGCGGUCGGUGAGCCAGACUACGGCGGCUGCGGAGCCCGAGAAGAAGUCCAGCGAAAUUAGCCCGGCGGCCGAGGAAGCGGUGGUCCUGAAGAAGGCGCCAUUGCCACGCGUGCUGUCCAUCUUUUACAAGUUUGUCGGUGGUUCUGCAGCAUAAAGCAAGACAGGAUACCUGCUAGAAGCACUCUUUUCUUUCACAACCUUAGCGCCUUUUAGCUCUGUGAGUUGGUCUGCUUAAUUAUUUCGGGAAAGCUGAAGCAUUUGAUUUUGACUGGCACUUUAUCGUUUAGGUGGACUGAAAUAGCCAGGGGGAAGAGAAUUACACUUAGUUCAAAAUACAAACACGAUAUG